CCGUGAAUAUCUGUUCGUUGCCAAGAAAUUUCUCAUUCUAUACAAAUGAGAGAAGUAGAUUUUGCCUUAAUGGUGUAUCUAAACCUGGGAUCUUGGAAACCUAGCUUUUAGGUGAGUUUGAACCGUGAGCUUUGAGAUGAAUUUGGAUCCUGAAGCGGACUCCUGAUUGAUCAUGUCGCUAACGCUGGGCAGCGGCCGCUGGCCAGGUGUCCGUUUAGUUGUGGGGAGAGGGGUUUCACUUUUCGCGCGGUAGGAGAUAAUCUCUCACCUCCCAGUCUGAUCUGUUUACACACCUCGGUCCACUCAACAUUCAACGCCAAGAUUGAUCUGUGAUCAGAGCCUUGACCAUCAGAGCAUUGAAGGCAUCGUUGUCUGGUUAAAAUUCUAAGCUCAGGCAAUCUAGCGAUUGAGCGAGCGAGCGAGAGAGAGCAAUGGCGUCGGCGAACGUGGUGGAGAAGAUCGAGUUGGGGAGUAGUGGUCUGGUGGUGUCGCAGCAGGGUUUGGGAUGCAUGGGGAUGUCGGCGUUCUAUGGUCCGCCGAAGCCGGAGGAGGACAUGAUCCGACUUAUAAGGCACGCCAUAGAUAGUGGCAUCACCUUCCUCGACACAUCUGAUAUGUACGGGCCCUUCACCAACGAGGUAUUGGUGGGUAAGGCAAUCAAAGGUCUGAGGGAAAAGGUUCAGUUGGCCACCAAGUUCGGUGUCAAUCUUGCAGAUGGAAAGAGAGAGAUACGCGGGGAUCCUGCAUACGUUCGGGCGGCUUGCGAGGCUUCUUUGAAGAGAUUGGAUGUGGAUUGCAUCGAUCUGUACUAUCAGCAUCGCGUUGACACACGGGUUCCGAUCGAAGUUACAGUUGGUGAAAUGAAGAAGCUGGUCGAAGAGGGCAAAGUAAAAUAUUUGGGGCUUUCUGAGGCCUCUGCCUCGACAAUUAGAAGGGCUCAUGCUGUUCAUCCAAUAACAGCAGUGCAAUUAGAGUGGUCCUUGUGGACCAGAGAUGUUGAGGAAGAAAUCGUUCCCACCUGUAGGGAGCUUGGUAUAGGUAUUGUUGCAUACAGUCCCCUGGGUAGAGGUUUCUUUUCAACAGGACCCAAACUGGUUGAUGGCUUUGGAGAAGGUGAUUUCAGAAAGUUCUUGCCAAGAUUUCAGCCAGAGAAUUUGCAACAUAAUGCCAAUCUGUUUGAACGUGUACAUGAAAUCGCUGCUAGGAAGGGAUGCACACCAUCCCAGCUUGCAUUGGCUUGGGUUCAUCAUCAGGGGAAAGAUGUUUGCCCGAUUCCUGGAACCACCAAGAUUGAAAAUCUGAAUCAGAAUAUUGGUGCUUUAUCUGUGACCCUGACCUCUGAAGAAAUGACAGAACUUGAGCAUAUAGCUUCGAAGGAUGCCGUUAAGGGAGACAGGUACCCAGACAUGCGUCCCACUUAUUUGGCAUCAGAGACACCUGCUUUGUCCUCGUGGAAAGCCGAGUAAUUUUACUCCAAGGUGGCUGUUGAACUAUCCUUUGGUGCAUGAUCUGAAGACCAUUAUAAUAUUUUAAUAAAGCAAAAUAUGGUACUUAAGUAUGCUGAAAAUGAGUUCGCGGAGGUAUAAAUAAAGAAAGCAUUAUGACUCAUUAUGUAGAAUAUAUUGAGUAUACUAGGAAAAGCUGUUGUAUUUUCCUCUUAUUAUAGACAAUGGUUUUGAUGUAGAAUGGAUUGAGUAUAUUGGGAAAUACUAUCGUAUCUUCCUCUUGUUUUAGACAAUGCUUUUGAUGCAUUACGGUAAUAAAAUGCUGUACUGAUGCUUUUGUUCUUAAA